CACGCGUACAGGCAAGCUCGCGGAAUGAGCAGUAUCGCUAGUUCCAUGAAAAUAGAUGGUUGCACAACAGAGACGAGGAGCUUCCAUAGAUGACAUACAAAUCUGUGUCCUGUCUUUCAGCUUCCAUCCAGCAUUGUCGGCGAACCGGGAGCAGUAACCGGCCACAUUGUUUUUGCCGUAGAUCAGUGGUCUCUCCGGCUCUUGGAAGACUCAAAAGAACACCGUGAAAGCCUCUACAGCUACAGCCCUCGCUUUAUGGAGAUGCAGUAACAGCCGUUGAGGCUAAUUAUUGAGAGUGCGUAAAUUCCAUAUGAGACAGAAGUUGGCGAAUCAAACCCAGUGACAGCUUUGCAUGUUGGUGUGCCGGCUGUCACGACGCAGUCCUUGAGUGUGCGCCGUUUUUGAGUCUGUCUAGGUAAUGUGUGCGUGAUAAGCCUUGCUGGAGACCGACUCGCAGAGCGAAUUCGCAGACAGUUUUUCGAACACGCACGGACGCGUUCUGAAUCCACUUCACUAAAACCGUCCUGCGCCUCGUUUUUUUGCCUACCCUCGAGUGUCUAUUAGUCCUACAACUACGGACGCGGGCACGAUGUCUCCGUCGUCGCGGUUCCGUAAUCUCGUCAGCGUCGAUUCGUCUUCGCAAGACUUUGGAAAGCGAUCCUCCUUGUAUGCCUCGUUGCUUGACUCUGCAUCCGUUUCUUCUCUUCCUGGCAUUUGCUCGGCUGCUGAGGAUCGCGAUGUCGAAGACGAGUCCUGGAAGGAUCCAUCGAGUUCUUCGCAUUGCGCGAAGACCGAAGGUGGCGCGUGUGCGUUUCCCCGUCUCAAUCAAGUUCUGUCUUCGCUGAGAGAUCCUAUGGGCGUGUUCAGCCGUGCAAAAAGACGUCGCAGCCUUGGCAAGGCUGUCGGGCUGUCGACUUCCGUGAUCUGCGUCGUUGCACUCUUCGGCAUCGUGUGCUUGUGUCUCUACGGCUUGGUGAAUUUUUCCUUCACUUCUGUGGAGACCUCCCCACUUGACGACCCAAGAAACAGUCCUGUGAUGGGAGAACUGGGUAACCCGCAGGCUUCCACCCCGUCUUCCGCACGAGCAGACACGCCAGCACGACACGACAGACAGAACCAGAUGUUUUCUCCCUGGAGUGUCCAGAACGAGCAGUUUCUCGGGGAGGACUCUGAUGCUUUGCCUCACGCAGGCCCUCUCUUCCGCAGUGGAGUGAUGGUGAUGCCUCUGCGGAAAAUGAAAUCUCUGCGCCAGAUCGGGUGGGACAAAAACACCAUAACUGUGCCAGAUUUGCAGGCGCAUCUGGUUGCCGCUCUGCGCAUGCAGGAAGGUCUGUCCAAAAAGGACGAUGGGAAUUUGUCGGGCCUCUCCAAUGGCGACGACAUCAGCAUUCAUGAUUACAUGAAUUCGCAGUACUACACGGAAAUCUAUGUGGGGUCUCCGGGCCAGAAGGUUCGGGUCGUUGUCGACACAGGAAGCAGCGACUUGUGGGUCUGCAGCGCCUCGUGUGGGAUCCUCUGUAUGAUGCACAAAACGUACAACCAUGGGAAAUCUGACACGUACCACGCAGAUGGCACGCCGUACCACGUUCAGUAUGCAUCAGGACCCGUGGGCGGCUUCCUCUCUGCGGACGACGUGGCUCUAGCGUCUUUGAAAACGAAGAACUUUCUGCUUGCGGAGGCAGUGGAUCUGAAGGGUUUGGGCACAGCUUUCUUUUUCGGGAAGUUUGACGGCAUCCUGGGGAUGGGCUUUCCCAGUCUGGCCACGAAAGGCCUGAAGCCCUUCAUGCAGGCUGCUGUCGAGCAGAAUGUCGUAAAAAAUUGGGUCUUCGCUUUUUAUCUCGCGUCGGCAAAUGGAGUGGAUGGAGAGCUGGCCAUCGGCGGAGUGGAUCAAGAGCGGUUCAUCGGUGACAUCAAUUUCUCGCCAGUCGUCGAUUCGCGCUACUGGAUGAUCAACACAAAGGGCCUGAAAAGCGACGGAGACCUCAUCGCGCCGACCACGAAGAUGAUCAUCGACAGCGGAACGUCUCUGAUUGUAGGACCUCUGGACGAAGUGAAGAGGAUUGCCACUAUGAUGGGAGCGUUCAGUGUGCCUUUAAUGCCAGAAGGUAUGUUCUUCAUUUCGUGCGAGAAGGCGAAGGUACUUCGAGAUCUGCAACUUGAGAUCGAAGGGCAGGACUACCCAAUCAAAAUCAAAGAUUUACUUAUUUCAGCGAGCGCAGCCGCCGGAACGCCUUGCCUCUUCGGCAUGAUGGGCCUGAAAGCCUUAGAGGGUGGAAGGCCAACACCCCAGAAAAACGGUUUCGGAAUAUUCCCGCCUUCCCAACUAGUUGCCUCGGCAAAGGGGCCAAUUGGCCGCACGUGGAUUUUGGGGGACCUCUUUAUGCGCAACGUUUACACGGUUUUCGACUACGACAACAAACAAAUUGGCUUCGCCAGACUCAAGAACUGACACAAAGUGCUGCGGUAGUCUCGUGGCUGCUAAAAGAGAAAUGCACACCGAAUAAGACGGCACUUACACAGUAAGUGACGGGAAGAUUUCUUCCAGCUGGUCUCGAGCGCCCGGUUUCAGGGAGUAUCACAUUACGAUGGUACUGCCCCCACAAUAGGAUUUGAGGAGGAACUCUUUCUCGCGGCCUUCGUGGGCAGAUCCUAAGGACGCAGCGAGCACCGAGAAGAGCCUCCAUGGGCGGGGAUGGCGGGAUGCGCUGAUAGGAUUUUAAAACCGUCCGUGAAACAGAAAGACGGCGUGCAUCUUUCAGAUUUUCGGCCGAUAUCAACGCUCGCAAUGCAGGCAACUUGGGUACACAUUUCCGUAGAAGUUUGCAAACGAAGAGGUCACCCCUAGUAGUGUGUGCUGGUCACAAGUUGCACAAAGCACGUGGGAAACGCCACACGGCACCUUCCUCAGUCUUCUGAAAGCUUCCCAAAGGCCUGUUGCGUUAUCAGCGUUUUUCAAGCCUACCUGUCGUUCACGAUGAAUAUUGCUAUAGCUAACUGAAACAGCCUCAGACGCGUCGUGGAAACUGCUCGCAAAGUGGGUCAUCUUUCACACUCCUCCGUAAAUUUAUAUAUACAGUUAUAUAUAUGUAUAUAUAUACAUGUAUAUGUACAUAGCAAGCAUGCACACAUUUUAGUUUUCAGUAAGUUUGCCGUUCACAUCUUUUUCUUCGAACGCCAGCGGAAACUGCUUGGGGAUCCUUGCGUAGUUCGCUGCGGGAAGAUUUGGGGUUGGCUGUGGGUCUGCACUUGGCGGGUUCUGCGGCAGUUGCGGUCACUUUUUUGUCUUCGUGAACGAGUAUGUGAGAUGGCUCUGUAAACUCGACUUUUUCCAUGGGUUUCCGUGGAAGUGAUGUGAGGCAAACUUUGGCGCUUAAAAUGCAUGGCCGUGUAAAAUUGCUCGAGUAUGGAUGACGGGCUCAUGUUGUUUGUGCAGCGGCCGUCUAAACUGUCUUUACAUUGGUAAAAGAAAGGAUCCAUAAAGAUCAAGA